CUGAAAUGCCAUCUGGAACUGCGUCACUCCACUGGUCCAGGUCCGCAUCAUGUGCACCCGUUCUCGACGGGACUCUUGAACGACAUUGCACAGCUUCGAAACGACGUAACGAUCGGUCUCUCUUCUAAACAUCUGGCUUCCUGAGGACAUGGAAUUGGAACGCCAUACUCCCGUCAACAUGUCUCGUCUUCAGCGCAUCGAAGCGCCCGUCACCUUCAAGGCGUACAUGAUGUGCGGAUUUGCCGCCUUCGCCGGUAUACUAUGCGGCUACGAUUCUGGCUACAUCUCUUCAGUACUGGGCAUGCCGGCCUUCAAGCGGCAAUACGGACACGUCGUCACCAUCAAGGAGGAUCAAACGGGUCAUGCCUACUAUACCUACGAGAAGUCCUUGAUCGUCGCUAUCCUCUCCGCUGGAACCUUCAUCGGAGCCCUGGCAUCAGGAUAUCUGGCCGACAAGAUCGGUCGUCGUGUGACCAUCAUCGGACCUGGGUGUGGACUGUUCGCGACCGGAGUCAUCAUCCAAGUCAGCAUAUCUCGAGUAUCAGGUCUGGUUGCCGGAAGACUCAUAUCUGGUCUCGGAGUGGGAUGUGUCUCGGCAGUGAGCAUCCUCUACAUGUCUGAGAUCGCUCCGCGACGGGUACGAGGUGCUAUUGUCUCGUGUUUCCAAUUCGCCAUCACCGUGGGACUGAUGUUGGCGUCUUGCGUGGGCUACGCCACUCGCAACCUCGAAACUUCCGCAGCAUAUCGCAUACCCAUCGGACUUCAAAUGUUCUUCGCUGUCAGUCUGGCGACCGGUCUGUUCUUCCUUCCUGAAUCACCGAGAUAUUGGGUCAAGAAGAAUCGGCUCGACAAAGCGGCGUUCGCUCUCGCGCGACUACGAGGCCAACCAGUCGACUCCACUCACAUCGAGGACGAGCUCGCCGAGAUUGUCGCCAGUCAAGCCCAUGAAGUCCGAGGUGGCGAAGGAUCAUGGAUGGCCUGCUUCCGAGGCGGCGUCACCAAGUCGAACAGCAACGCUCGGAAGGUCUUUAUCGGAACCAUGCUACAAGCAUGCCAGCAAUGGACUGGAAUCAACUUCAUCUUUUACUACAACACCACUUUCCUGCAACAGCUCGGACUCUCGAACCCCUUCUUGAUCUCCAUGGUCACCACCGUCGUCAACGUCGCCAGCACACCGAUAUCCUUCUACGCCAUCGAGAAGCUUGGCCGCCGGCCACUACUCAUAUGGGGAGGAGUCGGAAUGUGCGUCUGCGAGUUCAUCAUCGCCAUCGUCGGCGUUUCUGCGGGCACAUCCGACGCCGCCGCCUAUGUUCUCAUUGUGUUUGUCUGCAUCUACAUCUUCUUCUUCGCGUCGACUUGGGGUCCCGCCGCAUGGGUCGUCAUCGGCGAAAUCUUCCACCUCCCCAUCCGCUCCAAAGGCGUCGCCCUCAGCACAGCUAGCAACUGGUUCUGGAACUUCGUCAUCGGCAUCAUAACCCCCUUCAUAGUCGACGGCGACAAAGGCGACCUGGGCGUCAAAGUCUUCUUCAUCUGGGGCACGACCUGCGCCUUUUGCGUCGCGUUCGCCUACAUUUUCGUUCCCGAAACAAAAGGACUCACAUUGGAACAAGUCGAUCAGUUGAUGGAAGAUGUACCCGCGUACCACAGUCGACAAUGGAAAGCUCCAAAUACAUUUGACGAGAAUUAUGGGUUUGCGACCGCGAAGACUCCGAGUGGAGGGAGGCCGAGUACGUCGGAUGGCGGGAAGGGUGCGGCGGUGGUGAGGAGUUUUAUUGAUUUGGAUGGUUGA